UUCGAACCGGAGGAAGCAGGAGGCGCGGUUUCCCGUGUUCGUGUUUUGCGAGAACGCAGCAGAGGUGGGAUCGCGCAGGCGGGCGGGGUUUCGCGGAAGUUCAUGGCGGUCUUCUUGGAUGGUCGUUUCCGUCUGCUCUCUGCUGCUGUCGUUGUGAAGCAGGAGAAAUUGCUACUACACCGGCCCCGCACAGUUCUCUUCUCUUCGCCUCCUCCCAGAGUUCCGUGUCCGGAUAUCUCUAAGCUGUGGGCGGGGCCUGGCUUGGCGCGCUAGCCACUUGAUGGUGUGUACAGUGCGGCUUGAUGAUAAUGGAGUGUCUUGUGUCUCCUAAGAGGGUGGAGAAUGCCUCUUCUGAACAGGAUGACAGCGAUAAUGAUAUUGAGUUUGUUGGUGAAAGUGUGUUGAGACCUGUCUUGGAGUGCAUCGACCUUAGUAGUGCCGAGGAGGAAAGUAGCAGCUCCUCUAAUAAUAAUAUAAAGCACAAAGAUUAUGUUGAUUAUCAGAAGGAAAGAGUAACUUCAACCCUUGAUCGCCUAGCACGCCACGUAGAGGUAGAGAAACAACUGAAAGAAGAGAAGAAUAAAGCUUUCAAGGAAAAACUGGAUUCCCAACAUGCUCAUGGACUGCAGGAACUGGAAUUCAUCCAGGGACACUGCGACAGAGAAGCAGCAAGACUGUGUGUGAACCAGUGGCUCAAAAUGCCAGGCCUCAAGCCAGGAACUGUAAACUCUGGAAGAAGACCAUUACCUCAUGGAUCAAAUCAAACACCAUCUGACAGUAAAUCCAUUUUGUGCCCCAUAAUGCAUUGCAACAGAAAGUUUGACAAUGGGCACCUUCUCCUUGGCCACCUUAAAAGGUUUGAUCAUUCUCCAUGUGAUCCCACAAUUACACUGCAUGGACCUCCAACCAAUGUCUUUGCCUGCAUAGUCUGUAAGAGAAGAUUUUGCACGCCUCAGCAAUACAGUGAACACAGUUUGUCUAAGAAAAGUGAAGAUGAUGGUCAUGAAAGAAAUUAUCCUCCUCAGCAUAUUCAGUGCUUUGCAUGUCCAUGCUGCUUCCUCCUUUUCACCAUAAGGGAUGAGUGCCUACAGCAUAUGUCUGGAAAGAAUCACUUUUCCCACACUUAUAAGCUGAUUGAUAAACCAGGGAACCCACUUCCUUUGCCUUUCCCAGCCUAUGCAAAGAAUAUUCUAAUCUCCUUGUGCAAAGAAGUUCCAUUCCAAGUGAAAUGUACAUCCUGCCAUCAGGUGUUGUGUUCUCAUGUGGAGCUAACCGCACACUUCAGAAUUCGUUGUCGUAAUGCUGGUCCAGUUGCUGUGUCAAAUAAAAGCAUCUCCCAAGUUGCUGAAAUAUUUAAAGCCAAAGGUUGCUGUCAAAUCUGUGACAAACUGUUUGUCAAUGAUGACCAGAUUAGUCAGCAUAUUCACCAAACUCAACAUACGGUUAAAAUCCUCACUACAAUGGAAGACUCCAUCUUAAUGUUCUGCCAUAUCAAUGAAGGAAAUAAAAGUGUGUCUCAUCUACAGAAGCACAUAAGCCUUUUAAAAUCUUCUCCUCUGAAAAGACAUUUGGACUCGAAAGUUUCUGUUAGUGAUAAGAAAGAAACACUUUCAAAACGAAAAAAAGAUUUUGAAGGCAAAAAUCAAGAGGUUAGUAGUGACCACACUGUAAAAACCUGGGUAUGUGAGUGCCAUCUGGCCUUUCCUUCUGAGGAGUUGGUAGAAAAUCAUAUUUUUUCUGCAAACAGAAUUUGUCACAAAUGUGGCGUGUGUGGGAAACUUGCAGUAAAUGCAAGCAUAAUCCGUUUGCACAUGAGCCGGUUCCAUGGCGGAGCACACUUGGCUAACUUCAUCUUUUGGUGUCAGGCCUGCAGUAUAGCCCUUCAGAAAGGGGAAGAUGUUAUGGGCCAUGUGACAGAAUAUCAUGGUGGGCACAGCUACUAUUCUGAAAAGGAUAUCUCUGAGGAUGAGCCUGCCGUAUCUUCCCAUACACACUGUGAUAAUUCAGUUGAACAGAAAGACCAAUCUCCAAGCAGUAUGGAAGUGUCUCCACCUCCAAGUCCAAUGGAUGUGUCUGAAGAGACUUCUCACCAAUGGCAGUGCCGCAUGUGUGAGGAAGUUUUCGACUCGGAAGACUGUGUGAAGCAGCAUUGCAUGUCAUUAGAGAGCCAUCAUUUUCACAGGUACAGCUGUGGCUUGUGCAAAAUGACAUUUCGGAAAACAGAAACAGUACGUAGACACUGUCAAGAUAGACAUAACAAUGUUGUGCAGAUUAAAUACUUCUGUGGAUUUUGUGGCGACCUCUUUUUUGAUGUUGAGGAAGAGUUUUUACUUCACUUCAAAGGUUUCCACAGCAUGGAUUACAUGUGUGUGUCUGAGAGAGCAGAAACAUCAAUCAAAACUCUUGAGACAGUAGAGGAGAGCAAUCUUUUAAAUUGUGGCUGUCGGGAAAAAUACGCCUCCAAAAGAAACAGGAAGGCCGAUCACAAAAAGUGUCAGGACACCAUGCUGGAAAAGGGUAAUCUGUGGUAUCGCUGUAUUUUGUGUUCCUCAACAGCACAAAGCCAUUCUGACAUGUCUGCUCAUCUCAAGAACCACACAGGCCAACCACACAACCAAGAAUCCUACGUAGUAAGGUGUGGUGCAUGUAAUAAAAACUUCAAUGAUCUUCUAGUUGCCCAUCAGCACUUCCAUGACAAACACUGCUUUUCACAAAAGCCUCAUUUGGACUUUGGAUCUCAAGCAGAAAAUGAAGUAUUCCAGUUUUCUGCUAGUGGAUCUUGUGUGGACAAAAAGCCUGAUAAAUUAAAGCCAUCAAUAGAUAAGACUACAAUAAAUUCAGUGCCUCCUUCUCCAAAGAAGCUAAGAGAGAUAAGCAAAGAACAAAUUAAGAAAUCCUAUUCUGAAGUACCUGGGCAAGAUGAUGGAGAUCUACCUGAUCUUGAUUACUUGUGCACCAUGACUCAUAUUAUAAUGAUGGAUUUAGAUAAUUGGGGAAGCCUUUUCCAUCAGUUGCCUGCUACUCUUAACCAAGGGACUUUUAUCUGGGGCUUUCAAGGUGGACACAACAACUGGAAGCCACCUGUGAAUUGCAAAAUUUUCAAUUACCUUAACAAGACUGGGUGUUUCUUCCUUCAUCCACGCUGCGGUACAAGGAGAGAGGCAGCUGACUUUGCAAUCUGUGUGCAUGUGGGCCGUCUAGAUGAACAUCUGCCAAAACAUAUUCCUUUCACCAUUCUUUCUGGAGAUAAAAGCUUUCUGGAGCUAGAGGAUCAGCUUAAAAUGACUCAACGAGCAACCCGCAUUCUCGACCCUCAUAAGAUUGAUGCUGACAUGAUGUGUGCCUUAUUAAACAGCAUUUCAGACAUAGCUAGAGAAAAUGAAGAUGAUACUUCAGUGACCAUGCAACAGGUUUUGCAAGAAACAAAGAACCAAAAGGAUGCAGACGAAGAGGCAGAAUUUCAAGAGGCAAUCAGGCGAAGCCUUGAGGAAAUGUGAAAUUGUCCUGAGAUUGCUGCACUAAAAUAUCCAAGCUGCUUUCAUGUAACUGAAAUGUACAGUUACAUUUUUGAUCAUAUUACAAAGAUUACAGUUACAUUUUAAUCAUCUUACAAGGAUUAAAAAAUUACAGAUCAACAUUUGUGAAGGCAUAAAUGGCACUUUAAAACCUAACAAACUUAAGAAACCAUAGGUUACAGUGAAACUUGGGCAUGCUUAACUGCACACUUGGUUAUUGGUCAUCACAUUUUAUUGCUGAAGCAAUAAAUGGAACAUACAUUAUUGUAGGACGGAGCAUAUUAUAAGGACUCCUGAACAUUUCAAUUUCACUUAGCCACAGACUAACUUAAGUUUCAGUUUUUUUCCAGUAUUUAGUCUGAAAACUAAGAUUACCUUUCAGUUAUCCUCUCCAAUCUCUCCUCUGUUUUGUUUAGUUUUGAAUGUUUCUGCUUUGGGGAGGGAUUACCAUCCUAUUGUAUGUAUAUUUCUAGCACAAGUAACAUCUAACUGCAGUAGAUACAAGUACUGAAUCCCAAUUUUCUUGGACCAUCUUGUCUGUCUUUAUCAGUUCAUAAAGAGAAGAUACACAUCCAGUAGCUAAUGGUGUACAGGCAAACUUGUGAUGGGAUUCACUGUGACUCGGGAACUGAAACUGAGGUUGUAGGUAUUUUCUGUGACCAGUUUCUUUGUUCUGUAUGUACAUUUUAUUUUUGAGAAUGAAUACUAUGCCAAAUCGAUUAGGCUGAUUUUGUAUAUUUUGUUUCCAAUGUCAUUAAUACUGCAGGAAACUUUUUGUCAAGAUUUGAGUAACAUGAUUUUAGAAAGGCAAGGUCUUUCUCGGCUAAAGUGUUAAUUUAUUGUGAUUAUUUCUUAGCAUAUUCUAUAUUUGAGCAUAAUUAAAAUAUCAAUUAUU